AAAUAAGAUUGGUUUCACAUGCAAACUGUCAAGAGUGAAGGAAGCGAGGUGAAGGCACCGAUACAAACCGUCCUGCCACACCGACUGUCAGUCUUACAUACUAAUGGAGGUCAGGACUGUCAACAGAUAAGUGGAGCUGCAGCUUCCAAGUCGCGGAAGACUCUUGAGAAACCCGAGCCGGUCAUAUGAGAUGUAAAAUUACUGAAUGAAGAAUGAGAAACUUGAGUAACGCCAUCAUCGCAGAGGCCUGACCAUCAUACAUCACAUAACUGUUUGAGCGCCCCUCAUUCAGUCUCGUUCUGCUCCUCUGCCUCACACACCUUCAUCCACCGGCUCUGCUGUCCAGCCCAGGCAGAGUGGACCCUCCCCUCUCCCCAGGCCUCGCGCCCUCCCAUCGGCGGCCCGCUUUGGCGGUGUGUUGGUGUACGAUGGCGCGGUGGGACGCUGAGGGCUGCCGCGGGGGACUGUGAUGUCAGAGCCCAACAGCCCGGGCGAGAGCCGGCGUGGCGCUCCCAGAUUCUUCGUGGGUUGCGAGGACGAUGAGAGCGAGGUCCUGGAAGACAGCAUGAGGACAGACAUGGAGCUGUACGAGGACGACGAAGACACAGACUCGCCCCCGGAGCGACAGAUCGUGGUGGGGAUCUGCUGCAUGAUGAAGAAGUCAAAGUCCAAGCCAAUGACCCAGAUCCUGGAGAGGCUGUGCAAGUUUGAAUACAUCACUGUGGUCAUCUUCCCUGAGGACGUCAUCCUCAACGAGCCCGUGGACAAAUGGCCUCUGUGCGACUGCCUCAUCUCCUUCCACUCCAAGGGAUUCCCGCUGGACAAGGCGGUGAGCUACGCCAAACUGAGAAACCCUCUGCUCCUCAAUGACCUGAACAUGCAGUACUACAUACAGGACAGGAGGGAGGUGUAUCGCAUCCUGCAGGAGGAGGGGAUCGAUCUACCACGCUAUGCUGUGCUGAACCGUGACCCAGAUAAACCAGAUGAGUGUAACCUGGUGGAAGGAGAGGACCAUGUGGAGGUGAACGGAGAGAUCUUCCAGAAACCUUUUGUUGAGAAGCCUGUCUGCGCUGAGGACCACAACGUCUACAUAUACUACCCCACCUCUGCUGGUGGUGGCAGCCAACGACUCUUCAGAAAGAUCGGGAGCCGGAGCAGUGUGUACUCACCAGAGAGCAGCGUGAGGAAGACGGGCUCUUACAUCUAUGAAGAGUUCAUGCCAACAGACGGGACAGAUGUAAAGGUGUACACUGUGGGGCCGGAUUACGCUCAUGCUGAGGCUCGGAAGUCUCCUGCUCUGGACGGGAAGGUGGAGAGAGACAGCGAGGGGAAGGAGGUCCGCUACCCCGUCAUGCUGUCAGCCAUGGAGAAACUGGUGGCCCGUAAGGUCUGCUUAGCAUUCAAGCAAACUGUGUGUGGCUUCGAUCUUCUCCGAGCCAACGGACACUCCUAUGUGUGUGACGUCAACGGUUUCAGUUUUGUGAAGAACUCGAUGAAGUACUAUGACGACUGUGCCAAGAUCCUCGGGAACAUUAUGAUGCGUGAACUGGCUCCUCAGUUUCAGAUUCCUUGGUCCAUCCCAACUGAGGCCGAGGACAUCCCCAUUGUUCCCACUACUUCAGGGACCAUGAUGGAGCUACGCUGUGUCAUCGCUGUCAUCCGACAUGGAGACAGAACGCCCAAACAGAAGAUGAAGAUGGAAGUCCGUAACCCCAUGUUCUUUGAUCUGUUUGAAAAAUAUGGAGGAUACAAGACGGGGAAAUUAAAGCUGAAGAAGCCAAAACAACUGCAGGAGGUGCUGGACAUCACACGGCAGUUGUUGGCAGAUCUGGGACAGCACAAUGACUGCGAGAUAGAAGAGAAAAAGUCCAAACUGGAGCAGCUGAAGACUGUCCUGGAAAUGUAUGGCCACUUCUCGGGGAUCAACAGAAAAGUGCAACUAACCUACCUGCCCCAUGGGCAGCCCAAAACCUCGAGUGAGGAAGAAGACACACGCAAGGAAGGUCCGUCUCUGCUGCUGGUGCUGAAGUGGGGAGGAGAGCUGACUCCUGCUGGCAGAGUUCAGGCUGAGGAGCUGGGAAGGGCCUUCCGCUGUAUGUACCCUGGAGGUCAAGGAGACUAUGCUGGAUUUCCAGGCUGUGGGUUACUGCGGUUACACAGCACCUACAGACAUGACCUGAAGAUAUAUGCGUCUGAUGAAGGCAGGGUGCAGAUGACAGCCGCAGCUUUCGCAAAGGGUUUGCUGGCUCUGGAGGGCGAGCUGACACCCAUCCUGGUACAGAUGGUGAAGAGCGCCAACAUGAACGGGCUGCUAGACAACGACAGCGACUCACUGAGCAGCUGCCAGCACCGCGUCAAGGCCCGACUCCACGAGAUCCUGCAGAGGGACAGGGACUUCAUCGACGACGACUAUGAUAAGCUGGCCCCGACCUGUAGUGCCUCUUUGGUGAAUUCAAUGAAGAUUGUCCAGAACCCAGUGGCCACAUGUGACCAAGUCUACGCCCUCAUUCAGAGCCUCACGUCCCAGAUCCGCAAAAGGAUGGAAGACCCCAAAUCAGCUGACCUGCAGCUGUACCACAGCGAGACACUGGAGCUGAUGCUGCAACGCUGGUCCAAACUCGAGAGAGACUUCCGCAUGAAGAAUGGCCGCUAUGACAUCAGUAAAAUACCCGACAUUUAUGACUGUGUGAAGUACGAUGUCAUCCACAACGCCACUCUGGGCCUGGAGGACACGCUGGAGCUGUUCAGACUGUCUCGAGCUUUGGCUGAUGUCGUCAUCCCACAGGAGUAUGGCAUAAAUAAAGUGGAGAAGUUGGACAUAGCAUACGCCUACUGCCUCCCACUGGUAAGAAAGAUCCAGCUGGACCUGCAGAGGACCCACGAGGACGAGUCUGUCAACAAACUGCACCCUCUGUAUUCUCGUGGAGUGAUGUCUCCUGGGCGCCAUGUCAGGACACGGUUAUAUUUCACCAGUGAGAGUCACGUCCACUCCCUGCUCAGCAUUUUCCGCUACGGAGGUCUGCUGGAUGAGGAGAAGGACCAGCAGUGGAAGCGUGCCAUGGAUUACCUCAGUGCUGUCUCUGAACUCAACUACAUGACUCAGAUUGUCAUCAUGCUUUAUGAGGACAACAAUAAGGAGCUCACCUCAGAGGAACGCUUCCACGUAGAGCUUCACUUCAGCCCCGGUGUCAAAGGCGUCGAGGAGGAGGAGAACGCACCGACCGGCUUUGGCUUCAGGCCUGCCUCUGCAGAGGUGGCACGACAGAACGGGCAGAAACAGACCGACCCCGGCAGCCUGGAGGACCUCUCACGAGACGAGACAGACCGCGCCGUGCCGCUGUCUGAGCCAAUCACCAUUCAGAGGAGGUCCCCGCUCAUACGCAAUCAUAAGACUGGAUCCAUGGAGGUUCUGUCAGAGACAUCAUCCUCCAAAGUGGGCAGUUAUCGCCUCUUCUCGUUAUGCUCGCGUCAAUCCCCUGAGAUGAAACAAAGUGGAUUAGGCUCUCAGUGCGCCGGGCUCUUCAGCACCACUGUCCUAGGUGGGUCCUCUAGCGCCCCUAACCUGCAGGACUACGCACGCGCACAUCGCAAAAAAUUCUCCACCGGCAGUCUAUCCUACAAAGACGAGUUGUUGUCUAUGCCGGCAGUAAAACGAUUUUCUGUGUCGUUUGCAAAGUUUCCGACUAAUGAUCGCCGGUGCCGAAAACUCAGAGUUAAACGAACACAAGAUGACACAGUGGCUCCACUUCUCUGGUGCACUGCAGCAGAACCCAUGGAGGAGCACCGUAUGGCCCAGUUGUUGAGGCAUUUCUCCAACGACCCUAACCUGGGCCGCCACCUCUGUCUGGACGGGGCGCUGGCCCACCACCUCCACCAGUGCUCCUACCACCUCCGCCUCUUCCGAAACUGGCUCAUCUCCGGCCAAGGUCCCCUAGAGUACCUUCACGGCUUCGAAGGCUGCUCCAUGGUGCCCUCCAUCUAUCCUCUGGAGACGCUGCACAACUCGCUGUCGCUAAAACAGGUCAACGAGUUCCUCACCAGUGUGUGCGAGAGCGCAGGGGAUCCACACACGAGGACCACCAGAGCUCUGUCCGCCAUGUUCGACGCACACAACCAGCCGUCAGUGGACGCGUACAUCCCUCAGAGAGUCCUCUCUUCCUCCAUCUCUCUCAGAUCUCGUUCUGACAGACCUCCGUGGUACAGCAGCGGUCCUUCCAGCACGGUGUCCAGCGCUGGGCCGUCCUCUCCCACCACAGCUGACACGUCCCCACGCUUCAGCUUCAGUGAGAAGAUCUCGCUCACGCCUCAGAGCAGCGAGGAAACUCACUCCUCUCAAAACAUUGCUACUCAGUCAAUGCUCCCACAAGGUCUCGACCCAACUUGCCCCGCAGGUUCAAACCCGACCGAAGUCCCUCUGACUCCAAAUAACUCACCGGAGGAGGACGCUGAGCUCUGCGCUGUGACUGAUCAGCAGCCUGAUGAUCCUGAAUGCACACAGGAAGUGCCAGAGGUGGCUCCUGCAGUCUUGGACGCCUGUGGUGUUGCAAUUUCAGACCCUGGCCUGAGAGCACCCUGCUCUGCGUUAGCGGAGCUCACUCUGGCUCGGAUGGAGGGUUACUGCCUCCCUGGAUCUCUGCCUGUGUUGCUGGAGCUCAGAGAGAGCAGCAGCGAGGCGGGCUCCAGCUCCCAGACGCCCCAGUCUCCUGAGGGACCUGACGAGUUCUUUGACACUCAGGAGUCGAUGGAGUUGUGGACGGACAGUCCAGAAAGCCUCCCCCAUCCUGAGACGCCCCUCGAGGUCGGAGCCACUCACACAGCAGAGCCGUAGAGGUGGAGCGGUUAGAAACUACUGUUGUUACAUCCGUAACAUUACAAUCAUCAUCGUUGUUGUCAAUCAGCAUCGUACUGUGUUACAGCCUCGCUUCUCCUGUAGCUUGAAGACUACUGUGUCUUGAGUCGUAAUGAAUGGGCAGCUGAUCCUCACACUCAGCUCUGUGAUGGAGAAUCACAUGACAAUGCCAUACGUGCUGUUCAUCGCCUUUUCUAAAAGCACACUGGGAGCACACACCAGUGACGCCACUGAGCCUCCUGACAGUCCACUAGUUCAGUUCACCUGUCUGACAGUAAAGCUCCACCUUACAACACGUGGCUCCCUGCAUCUUUACAAACUCUCUGUCGCUGUCACUCUGUUACACAGGCUCUUUCCUUAAAGCUGCAUUAAUCGAUCUUUGGCCACUAGAGGGCAGAAACACCCAGAGGCUCACAGCCCUGACUUGCUGUCACAUUAUUAAGCUGUCAUAGCUGAAUGUGACGUGAAUGAGCAUCAGCAACAAAAUUAUUGAUUGAAUUUUCUCUUGGAAUGUUCUAACUGGCUGCAUGUGAUGCAGCAUUGCGCAUCGUUUCAAGCUUUUUCCAUUUAUUCCUGUUGCUUGCGUUGAAAGCAUGAUUCAUGAUAUUACAAUGAGGAGUUAUUUAAACAACACCUCCUCAUUUCACUACAGCAGCCUCGCAGUAGGCUGGAGGGAGAGAUCGCCAGGGAGCUGAAAGUUUCUGGAGAAUGACUAUCGCUGGUAACAACCUACUCACUUCACUACAAUCACUACAACUACUUACUAAUACUACUUGCUAUAUUGUGUGUAGUUUCCAGUAGGUAUCACAAUAUAAAAAGUGUUUUUUGUAUUAACAAAAGAAAAAAUAACAUAAAAUAAGCAGUGUAUAUUGGCCAACAGCAGAAAACAAGUGACAUUUGAAGUACCUCUUGAACAACCAGGCUUUAAUUAGCCUGACAAACCAUAAAGUCAAUGUUCACUGAAAAAAAUCAGUAAACUUUCUGUUGCUGCUGUUACAUGCGUUAGACACGGCACUAAAGGACCGUCUCCGCACCAUUCUCCCCCCGCUCGGUUUAAUGUCUGUUUGGAAAGCACAAGCUAACACAACAGCAGCGGCUAAUAUCUGUUACUGAGCCGUUAAACAGUCUAAACAAACUCACACCGUCACCGUAACGUCUUAAGUCUUGGUAUUAACACACUCCCACAGAAGUCGUCUCCUAGUGUGUCAUGUUAAACAGGGACAGGAGGGCAAAGACACGCUGGGCUAAGUGAUUCGCUGCACAUACCUCUACAUUGAAGUGAGAUUUUACCAAUUUUAAAGUGAAAAAAUAUGUGUUCAGGUGUGGGAGGUUGUGCAGCCAUUAAUCUGUAUGUUGACUUAAUACUGACAUCCAAAUCAAGAACUCGAGCACUCAAGCCCAUCUCUCCUCAGGAUAUGGUGUAAGGUUUCAGCAGUCAUCUAGCAGAUUCAGAACAAAAUCAUCAUCCUGUUGGAGUCGUGUUUUUGUCCACAUGAAGAAUUAAUGUCCAGUAUUUUCUCUGCGUUUAGCUGUGGUUUGUUCUCCAUCAGCUCCUCAGAAAAAUGUCUGUCUCUUUAACUGCUAAAUGUCCGACCGGCUGGUCUCUAACUGUGUCUGUCUGCCAUUUUGUGCUGGGUACGCAGCGUACAGUGGUGCAGUGGGUUUGUCAGGUUGAUGAGAGCGUUGUGUCUGAACCAUCUGGGAAAUUAAAAGUGAACUAAAAGAGGCCAAAGUUAAAAAGGGCUGUCCCGUUUGAUGUGUGAUGUGGCCAUAAAGAUAUUGAUUAAUGGAGCUUUAAAUGGUGUAAAAUCUGUCUUGCAUCUUCCUUAUCCUCAGCCUUUUUCCUCAGACAGCUGCAGCAGUGACGUUUUCACAUUUCAUGCCAUCCUGUGACCGUAUCAGGGCAGCGUCGUGUCGUGGCAUUAGGGCAGCCUUGCUUUGUUGUCGCUACAGGCUUUUGUGUUUGUAAGUUACAGGACACAGAGACUUAUAGACUCUCUACUUCAAUGAGAAACACAGGAAAUGACUCGCAGUACAAGACAGAGAAAAUACAAUCUGCAGCUCUGCAGCUCUUCAUCAUACGCUGGCGUUCGCCCUGUGCUGAGCUUCUGUGAUUUCAAAAACAAAAGCUGAAUGUUCAUUACUGACAGUAAACUGUAAUAAGUGUUGAAUCUGCAGGUCGAACUGUGUGUGCACUGCUUACUGCCAAAGUCCUUAAGCCUCACUGAAGAUAUAAUAUAAUCAGUAAGAAUUGAUAGAGGAAAAAAUAUUUAUUUUGAAAUUGCAUCUUGAGAGGAAGGUCUGGUAUUUUUGAUAUCCACAUCAGAUAUUUAAUUGUACCAUAACUGUUGUAUUGUUCUCUGUUUUCUGUGAAAUCACCUCAUGAUGUGGGAGAACCUGAAAGCUAAUGUCUCGUUAUAUCACUGAACAAAGUAGCAGGUGUGUACGUGUGUGUGGGUGUGUGAGAGAGUGUGUGUGUGUGUGUGUGUGUUAGAGUGUGUGUUGGGGGGGUACACACACGCUUGAGAAGUAAUUCAGGUCGAUGAGUACACUGAUGUGUGUUUACUCAGUGGGAUUUCAUGUUACAUUGUGACGUACUGUAGAGGUGAGAAACACAGCUGACCUGUCGUCCUGUGUGUGUUUGUGUGUGCGCGCGUGUGUGUGUGUGUGUACAGAAUCACUCUGUUUGUGCAGCAGGUUCUGUUUGCUUCAAGGGUCACUUCACUCAAAUCACUGAUAAAUACAAACACUUCCUCACGUACCUCUGCUGAUCCAGCCAUGAAGAUAGUUUGGGUUUUAUUUGUUCAGGCUUUCAGAUUCAAAAAAAAAAAAAAAAAAUCAGCUGCUGUGUGAUAAACCAGCGUCCCCAUCGCUCUGGAUAAUGCACACCUCACUGUAAACACUUUGUUCUCUGCUCUGAGAGAGAGACUUUAACACCAGGCUGACAGUCAGGGCUUUUUUUUGGCACAUUUUAAAUCUGAAAACCUCAGAAAUUUGAGCAAAAGUAAAAAAUAUUGCUCAACGUUUUAACACUUCAUUGACGUUGAAACGUUAGUGCAUCAAUACAGAGAAAAUUCAGCAAGUACAAAGGAACCAGAUGAAUAAAUCAUGAUCAUACAUGAUGACAUAUGACGCAAGUCCCUGACACACCAAGCCCACAGUCAGCCAGCAGUCAGCGUCCAGCCGAUGGUGAGUGUCUGUCGAACUAAUUUUGCAGUGUGUCCUGCACCAUUGGCCCCAGUCGGCAGUAAUCUGCCUUUGUUGGCUGUUUUCUGGCAGAUUGAGCACGUUAAAUCGGCGUCGGAGCCCAUCGGUAAGAGAAAUCACUCCUGAAUUUAGCUCAGAGCACAAGAAGAGAAACAGAAGUGAGGAAAGUAAACAACUACCAGAGACCAAAAUGUGUUACAUUAAGGAAGAUUAUUUUUUGUAGCCACUGAGUUCUUUAGCAGAAAUGGUUCAUAAUUGUCAGUUUUACUGUUCGCUGGCACACAGUAAAGAUCAUUUGUUCUUUUAACAUCAGGUUAUGUUGUUAAUGUGCUAACUGGCUAACUAGCGUCUUGAAUCCAUCCUAUCGAUCUUCCAGUUUCCAUUUUUUAAUGAUAAAUACAGACUACUGCUGCCUGCUGGUGUGGAGAGUUAUUUCCUCUCGUGGGUGUAGAACGUGUGCUGAUUCGCUGUUGUCUUUGUGGUGUGAUCAUGUGCAACUUUGUGGCGGAGACACAGGUGACGUGGUGAUGCAACAGUCAGGUUUGGUGUGUCUGGGCCUUUAAAUGUCCACUAAGGAAACUAAAUAUGACAACAGACGAACACAUCAUCAGCAAAACAAACAGCUGAACAAACAUCAGCGUGCUACGAACUACUAGAGUGACAGAAACCGUGUUUGGGAAAAAUUUACUUGACGUGUACUUUGAUGGUAUUUGCUUACAUGGAGGGGGUGGAGUUAAUGACCUAAACUGCAGCCAGCCACCAUCAUACAGAGUCAUUUCAGGGUGUUUGUGAUGCUCAGAAACAUUUCGGUGUUCUAGAGUCAUGCCUGUUCACUUCUGGCGCAUCUGAAUCGAGGCAGAAAUAUCAAGAGACAGAACCAGGACAGAUAAAACCAAAACUAUCUCCAGAGCCAAAAUAUUUUUGUAAUUUGAGUGAACUGACCCUUUAAACUUGCUCAGAAAUCCACCUUUUAAUCUCUGAGGAUGACUCGUCUGAUGGAGCGAUCAGUAAUCCAAUAAAGACGUCUCUGCUUUGUGAAGUGAAAUCACAUUUCAUGUCUGAUGUUUCGCCCUGUUGGAUCAUAAGCUUUGGUUUGGAUGCACCGUGUGUGUGUGUUCCUGACUGUACGGAGCUCGACGACUCCACAAACGCUUCCUGUCUGUUGCUCUGGGAAAAAUCUGUGUGACGUUUAAUAAUCUGGUUUUAGAAAAAUGGUUAUAUGAAACAUCACAAUAAUCUGUAAUAUUUCCAGCGAUGUUACGAAAUACAGCUAUUGGAAUGUAAAAUCAGUCUGUGGGUCUGUUUUGUUUUUGGUGUCUGUCUCUUUAAAACUGAACAAUAGACUCAAAUAAUUAAGUAUAAGAACAAAAUGUGUGGAAUAAAAAUAUUUAAAGUAA